AUGGAAAGAUGUCUACAUGACGUCACAAAUCACAUACUAACUCAACGGGAAGCUUCAGAAAAGUACAAGAUACCUCGUAGUACGAUAAAACUGAAGCUGAAAGCUCGUCGUAAUAGCAACGUACAUGUUCCAGGUCAAGAAAAAUCAUUCGUCGAUAACUUUGUUCUACUGUGCGAUUAUGGAUUUCCCCUAACUUUGUUUGAUCUGAGGUGUGUUGUUAAGAUGUAUUUGGACAGCCGUGGUACCACAAUAAAUGCAUUCAAGAACAAUUUUCCUGGAAGGUGUUGGGCCGAGGGCUUUUUAGAGCGCCAUAAAAAGAACUUUCUCAAAGAUUCUGCAGCAAUAUUAAAAGAGUUCGUGCAGCCGUAA